CCAUGCCACGACCUUCUUCCCCAACACUACUCUUCACCACCACCACCACCACCAUCUUUUGAGGUCCACACAACCACCGACCUCCUAAACUCUUCCCAUGCUGUGGUCCUCCCUCUCCCCUCCCCUUCCCUCUUUCCCCGUUCUCUAUUCUAUCUCCAAUUAACCCUAUGGAAGAGCCUUACAUCUCAAAUUGCCUCAACCUCUCCCUCCUCACCCUGUCCCCCACCCACAGCCCCACGACUCCCCCUCGCAAAACCCGUGGCGAGGCUUCUUCCCUCGACUAUGACGUUGUCGUCAUCCUUGCUGCCAUGAUUUGCGCACUCGUCUGCGCACUCGGCGUGAACUCCAUGCUCCAAUGCGUUCUUCGAUGCACUCGCCGUGCCCUCACCGAGCCCGUCGGAUGGGUCGCGCACCGCCGCAUGAACGCAGGCCUGAAGCGCGAGGACGUCAUUGCACUCCCCGUCGCCACCUACAUCGCCCCACCACCGCCGUCAUCGGGCUCGCCUGCUCCACCACCACCUGGCUGUGCCAUCUGCCUAUCGGACUUCGCCGACGGGGAGAAGAUCCGGGUGCUGCCUGCCUGCAGCCACCGGUUCCACGUCGGGUGCAUCGACACGUGGCUGCUGUCGCACUGCUCCUGCCCGACGUGCCGGCACCGCCUCUCAUCCCACAGUACUGAUGAUCCUCCUCUAGAGAUUGCAAUUGAUCCAUGAUGACCAUGCCAACGUUAUA